AUGAGUUCAACGGAAUCAGAUUACGAUGGGGAAGAAGCACAUAGAGGAAGUCGCCCGAGUACAUCAAGGAGGAGUGAAAAAUACCCGACGCCGAAUCCGCCUCCGAGGCAUGCUUGGUUACGUCCGUGCAUGCAAGGUUAUGCCGGACGAAUCAAUCACUACAUCAAGGAUAAAACACUGAAGGAAGUGGAGACCUGUCUGACGCAUUACCGGCGUUUUGAACAAUUUAAGAUAGGUCCGUUUGGGCAUUUACUUAAGUUGAAGAGGCAGGAUAGUGCGAAUGCAGCACUGCACCAGCUUCUUGCACGGGAGUUGUAUGACGAAGCAUUCGGUCCGUGGGAGAAGUGGUUCCACGUUGGUGGACACGACAUUCGAUUCAGCGCACUGGAGUAUUGUCUGGUGACCGGGUUGUGCUUCGGGCCAUCACCGCAGCGUUUUGAUCCUAAUGUGGAUCACCGUGUUGGGAAGGAGAGUGUAUGGCACCGAGUUUUUAAAGGCAAGAAGGUGGAAGUGAAGGAUCUGCGCAAGCGGUUCGUUAGCCGCAGUAUGGGCAAUAUUGCCGAGGAUUAUUUGAAGGUGGCCAAUAUUCUCGUGGCAGGAAGAUCAGCAGUGGUCCGUCAAAAUCAGCAGUGGAUAGCUCGGGGACAUACGAGGCUCGUUGCAGGCGUGACACGGGAGAGAACGCCGAUAGCUUUUCUGGAUUUUUAUGAGACCCUUUUCAGAGAGUUCAGGUCGUUGCAUCCGGAUGAGCCAGAUUGGGACAACAUUCGGGAUCGACACGGAUACGAGGAGUGGGUGGUGCCCGAAAAGCUGAUCGCCAUGUUUCAUGGAACUGAUUCAGGCCAUACAUGGCCUUGGUUGGAAGCGAAAGAGAUUUUUGCUAUGUGCAAUCUCGAUAAGAGUCAUUGGUGUACUGUGGUUAUAUCUAUCUCCGCAUGGGAGGUGAGAGUGUAUGACUCACUGAUACAUGUGGAAGGUGCACGAAAGCGUCGAGAAAAUGCAAUGAAGCCAAUCACUCGCCUGAUGCCUAAAUUGCUGCACACUGUGGGUUAUUAUACACACAAUACCGUGAGGUAUGUUGCCGCUCCAGAUAGGCCUAUGAAAGUCGUCAUUAUGCCAAUCAGAGAGCAAUUCAUCCAAGAAGAUAGUGUAAGUUGUGGUGUGUUUGCAUGUGCUUAUCUGGAUCGUUUGAUUUGUGGCGCACCAACACGUGAGCAGCUGAGGACACCCGCACAGAUACAAAAGUUUCGACAAAUUAUAGCUAUUAGGAUAUGGGAGUUGUGUAUGGAUCCUCCCCCUAUUCAUUUCAGUUGAUGAACAUUUUUUUUGUGUUUAAAACGAAUGUCUGUUAAAAUACACUUGAUUU